AAAACCUCUGCAUCUCUUUCUCAUUCCUAAAACCUCUCAUCUCAUCUCAUACUCAAAAACUCAAUCAAUCAUCUUCCAAACUUUUCAAACAGAACAAAACCUCUCUCUCUCUUUCUCUCAUCUAACUUGCUUCAAUGGCACGUCUUCUCUCCCGUCUCCUCGUUGAAUCCAAUUCUCCUUUGCCAGCGGUUGAUAACUCCACGGCCGCUUUAAAUUCCGAUCUCGUCGUCAUCCUCGCUGCUCUCCUCUGCGCUUUGAUUUGCGUUCUUGGUCUCAUAGCGGUUUCUCGAUGCGUCUGGCUCCGUCGUCUCGCGGCCGGAAACAGAACCGCCUCAGGAUCUCAUCAAGGUCAAUCUCCUUCGCCUCCGGUCGCAGCGGCUAACAAAGGACUCAAGAAAAAAGUCCUCCAGUCACUCCCGAAGCUCACCUUCUCCCCGGAGUCACCGUCUUCGGAGAAAUUCGCCGAGUGCGCGAUCUGUCUAACGGAAUUCUCCGCCGGGGACGAGCUCCGGGUUUUGCCGCAGUGUGGUCACGGAUUCCACGUUCCAUGCAUUGACACGUGGCUAGGUACUCACUCGUCUUGUCCUUCUUGCCGUCAGAUCUUGGUCGUUGCCACGUGUCACAAGUGUGGCGGUUUACCCGGUAGCUCUAGCUCUGAACCCGAGUCCGUACCCGAGAUUGAGAUCCGAAUCAAGCAAGGCGAAGAUGAUCCCAACUCAUACUUGCCAUGAUCAUUUUUAGUUACUUUUGGAAAUUGGAACUCAUUUAUUUAGUUUCCUUUUGCUUUAUUAGAAAACUCUAUAAAUUUAAAUGCAGAUCAGUUUUAGUGGGAUAGUGUUUAUUCACUCUCUAAUGUGUACAUGUUUUAUUGUAAUUUGUAAAUGUUGUAUGGAUUAUGGCAAUGGAAAUUUAACAGUUUGCAUUGAAACC